AUGGAUGACUGCCAGUGUUCCCUGCCAGUACGACCACUGUUAGGAGAUGGUCAGCUCUGGUUUCCAUGGAAAUAUAGAGGAGGCUUUACUAUCAAAGUAACCUAUGUAAAGGACAGAAUUAUGAACAAAAUUGUGCUGAAUGCUGGGACUCCUUCUAAUCCGAGAGAGCUGGGAGUGCUGCAGGGCUCCAUGUCAGGACAGGACCUGGACACAUUGAUUUCCGCUGCAUUCUGUUUUGAACUAUUUCCCGAGAUGCAAACUCCAGUAAACACAGACAUCAAUGGCUAUGCAGUGUUCUACCAUGAAGGAAGAAAAACGCUUGUGGUUCCAGUAGGCAAAAGGAAACUGAAAAACCUUUCUGCAGCGCGGAGCCCCCAGAAUUCCUGCAGUAAGGCCUCGUGGUGGCCAGCACUCCCCUCACUGUAUGAUGGCUGUGCUUCCAGAUCAACCCCAAGUAACAGACUCCCGGUGCUGCAGGCACCCCUCAGCACGGGCAAGGCCCCUAGCAGAGCCCAGCCCUGCUCCUGCCACGCCUGGGACCCCAGGAGAGGAAGCACAACUUUUUUCGCUCUGGAUGCGUCAAUAUUUCCCUGGUUGCCUUCCGGACCAGGCUCUGCAGAAGCACCCCGGCGUGGCUCUGUGCUGGGUACAACGGCGUUUGCAGCUGAAGGCUGCUCCCCGCGGCCGCUCCCCAGUCCCGUCUGGGCGGCAGCUUCCCGCUGCCCUCACGCGGAGGAGAGCUCCCUGCUGCGGAACAGCUGCGGGAACCGAACCGCCCGGCUCCCCUCGGCCUGCUGGCGGCAGCCGCGCUUCCCCUCGCUCUCGGGCGGUCCCAUGGGCUGCGCAGAGCCACAGCACCGCCUGCUGCCCGCCGGCGGCCCCGAGCCUGCCAUUUCGUGUCCUGUUCCCAAAGUUCGUGUCCUGUUCCUGUUUUGUUUUUGUAAACCAGUCACCGCACACACCCAAAGCCCCCAGCCCGUCUCUCUUCGAGGACCAGUAGCGAUUGCAUGUGCUGCGACUGCUGGCAGGAGCCCGCUCAGCCCUCUAACUCAGGCCUUCUGCCCACUAAUGCUGUAGGCUGAACUUCAGUCCAGCACCUCUUUAUGCGUCCAGCUUUGUCUUCACGAGGUGUCAUACUCAGUCCUUCCCAGUGCUUCUAGA